ACGGCCAAGAUGGCCGACGGGGAAGACGGUUCCCUGGCGGGGCGGGAGCCGGGACCGGAGUCGGGAGAAGAGUUCGAGAUCGUGGACCGGAGCCAGCUGCCUAGCCCUGGCGAACUGCGGAGCGCGGCCAAGUCGCGGACCGGGCCGGAGGGCUGGUCGGCGCCCAUCCUGACCCUGGCGCGAAAGGCCACGGGCAACCUGUCGGCGAGCUGCGGGAGCGCGCUGCGCGCGGCCGCGGGGCUGGGCGGCGCGGACGGCGGCGCGGACGGCGCGGCGCGCACAGCUUCCAGGUGCCAGAUGAUGGAGGAGCGUGCCAACUUGAUGCACAUGAUGAAACUCAGCGUCAAAGUCUUGCUCCAGUCUGCCCUGAGCCUGGGCCGCAGCCUGGAUGCGGACCAUGCCCCCUUGCAGCAGUUCUUUGUAGUGAUGGAGCACUGUCUCAAACACGGGCUUAAAGUUAAGAAGAGUUUUAUUGGCCAAAAUAAAUCUUUCUUUGGUCCUUUGGAGCUGGUGGAGAAACUUUGUCCAGAAGCAUCAGAUAUAGCCACUAGUGUCAGAAAUCUGCCAGAAUUAAAGACAGCUGUGGGAAGAGGCAGAGCCUGGCUGUAUCUUGCACUCAUGCAAAAAAAACUGGCAGAUUAUCUGAAAGUGCUCAUAGACAAUAAACAUCUCUUAAGUGAGUUCUAUGAGCCCGAAGCAUUAAUGAUGGAGGAAGAGGGGAUGGUGAUUGUCGGUCUGCUGGUGGGACUCAAUGUUCUUGAUGCCAAUCUCUGCUUAAAAGGAGAAGACUUGGAUUCUCAGGUUGGAGUGAUUGAUUUCUCCCUCUACCUUAAGGAUGUGCAGGAUCUUGAUGGUGGCAAAGAGCACGAAAGAAUUACUGAUGUCCUUGAUCAAAAAAAUUAUGUGGAAGAACUUAACCGGCACUUAAGCUGCACAGUUGGGGAUCUUCAAAGCAAGAUAGAUGGCUUGGAAAAGACGAAUUCAAAACUUCAAGAAGAGCUUUCAGCUGCAACAGACCGGAUUUGUUCGCUUCAAGAAGAGCAGCAACAAUUAAGAGAACAAAACGAGUUAAUUCGUGAAAGAAGUGAGAAGAGUGUGGAGAUAACAAAACAAGACACAAAAGUUGAGCUGGAGACUUACAAGCAAACUCGGCAAGGUCUGGAUGAAAUGUAUAGUGAUGUGUGGAAGCAGCUAAAAGAAGAGAAGAAAGUCCGUUUGGAACUAGAAAAAGAACUGGAGUUACAGAUUGGAAUGAAGACGGAAAUGGAAAUUGCCAUGAAGCUGCUAGAAAAGGACACCCACGAGAAGCAGGACACCCUGGUCGCCCUCCGCCAGCAGCUGGAAGAAGUCAAAGCGAUUAAUUUACAGAUGUUCCACAAAGUUCAGAAUGCCGAGAGCUGUUUACAGCAGAAGAAUGAAGCCAUCACAUCUUUUGAAGAAAAAAACAACCAAGUUAUGUCCAGCAUGAAACAGAUGGAAGAAAGGUUACAGGUCUCGGAGAGGGCGCGGCAGGGGGCAGAGGAGCGGAGCCACAAGCUGCAGCAGGAGCUGGGGGGCCGGACGUGCGCGCUGCAGCAGCAGCUCUCCCAGCUGCACGAGCAGUGCUCGAGUCUAGAGAAAGAGUUGAAAUCAGAAAAAGAACAGAGACAGGCUCUUCAGCGAGAAUUACAACAGGAGAAGGACACCUCCUCUCUACUCCGAGCAGAGCUACAGCAAGUGGAAGGAUUAAAAAAGGAGCUGCGGGAGCUCCAAGACGAGAAGGCGGAGUUGCAGAAGGUUUGCAACGAGCAGGAACAAGCCCUCCAGGAAAUGGGCCUGCACCUCAGCCAGUCAAAGCUAAAGAUGGAAGACAUCAAAGAAGUAAACAAGGCGCUGAAGGGCCAUACAUGGCUGAAGGAUGAUGAGGCAACGCACUGUAAGCAGUGUGAAAAGGAGUUCUCCAUCUCCCGGAGGAAGGGCCAGGACAGGUGCUGUUUGUCGGCUAUGAAAACGGACUCCGCGCAUGCUCACCCCCACCCGACCGGUCCGUGGUCUCGAAUAUCCAGGUGAAGUAACUGUCCAGACUAGCCCGUCCAUCCGCGAAGCCCUCGGUGGACUCCCCUUGCUCACUGCCUAGUCCCCCGCCCCUCGGCCCCUUCAUUGUCCAGUCCCUGGCCCUUUCCUUCGUGGGCUCUGAUCCCGCAUCUGCCGUGCCCUUACAUCCGUCCUUUACGAACGGGAACCUGGGUGGCUCAGCGAGGUUAAGUCCCAGGAUCUGUGGGCCCAGCUCCAAAGCCACGUUCCUUCCAGGAAGUACGUGGCAGCGAGAGUGGCUGCCAGGGGGCCUCCCCUUCUGUCACCUCCUCUGAGCAGCUUUUUACAUCUCCAGGGCCCAGUUUUUCCAAAAAUGCUUACAUGCUGCUGCGUGGCCAACUUGGUCUAGCAUUAGAGAUCGGUACCUUGUUUUCAAUGCACCCAAUUUGGACUCCAACUUGCUGGGGAGCCUGAGGCAGGUCACUUCACCUCUGGGCCUUAGCGCUCAUCUGCACACACACAAAAGGAAGCAGAAUACCUGAACCUAGACCGUUUUGACAGCUCCCACCACCGCGCGGCCCUCAGUGCUCUUCCCCGUGUCAUAACGGAUUCU